CCCUUGCGGUCCUAAGCGUCCUUUCAAAAAUGUAGUGCUUCUAAAAACUCACCGAAGCGGAAGUGGAACAUUGGCCAACAUUAUGUACAGAUACGGCGAUUUGAAUGAGCUGGACUUUGCACUUCCAAAGCAGAGAACAUAUGACUUUUACUGGCCUCUGCACUUCAAUCCCAGUUUUGUAGACAAGACGUACCUCAACUCCACCGCUCCAAACUUUCUUAUCAACGCUAGAUACGGUCCAGAUUCAAUGGCAUCCUUCAUGCCCAAGGACUCUUUCUAUGUUGCCUUGAUUCGAAAGCCCACGAGCCAUUUCGAAUCUGUCUUUUACGGGUAUCAAAUUGACACCCUGCUUGGAAUGAAUACCACCAGCAACCCGUUUGAUGAAUUUCUGACCAAACCAAGACAGUAUCUGUUACACUAUCUGCAGCAGAAGCCACGAUUUGACAUCAAUAUAAACAUGGCAAAAAAUGGGCAGAUAUUUGACCUUGGUCUCCAGCACAAAUACUACAAUGACCCACUGAUGAUCCAGAAACACAUUGAUGAACUGACGGAGAAAAUUGACCUGGUUCUUAUCAUGGAGUAUUUUGACGAAUCUCUCGUUUUACUGAAAAGGGAAUUAUGCUGGGAGUUAGAUGAUGUGGUUUAUUUCAAACUAAGUCAAAGAUCAAAGGAGUACAAGCAGGCGAAUAUAACGGAUCAGCAGCAGGCGCAGAUUAAUGAGUGGAACAAUGCAGACGCUGCCUUAUAUGACUUCUUUAAUAAAACCUUCUGGAAUAAAAUCGCCAAUCAGGAUCAGACCUUUUAUCAAGAAGUCAAAGAACUACGUAGAAAAAUCAGGGACCUUGAGGAAGAGUGUAUUCAUUCGCUGCAAACAAACGACGAUACGGGAGAAGUGGAGGUUAAACUUUACACUAACUUAUCUGCAAACAUCAACAAAUACUUAUGUGAUAAAAUGACUAUGAAAGAGGAGAGUUACAUAACGUACUUAAAAAAGAAAUUCAGCUUGAAGCUUGGGGAACACAAUGACCAUCUACGAUACUUGUUUUACAGCAAGGUAAAUAAAACCAGAUUGGAAGAGUCGGAAGUCGUGUAGAUAACAUUAGCGUGGAAUUAUUCACACGAUUCACAAUCUCGCAGAUCCAGGACAGUAAUACAGUCGGUCAGAGCAGUAAAGGCUUUCUCCGAUGCAAACAUUCAUUGGAAUCCAGAGCUACAAGCUACGACAUCUAGAGUAUUCCGCUCUCACAAAAUGAACUCUCGUUCAAAGAAACAAUCAGGGUAUCGUAAGGUUUAGUUAAACGCACAUGUGUUCUGCGCUUAACUGAAAUCUAUAGAACUCUAUAAUACAUGUAGGUGAUUUUGUAUAUUCGAAUAGACUGAUUGUUUGGCAAUACGAAGAAAGCAGUUUUAUAUAUAAUAUUUUAUAUCUACAGUUGUAUCUUUAAUAAACAACAAACAAAUUGCUGAAAAAACCAAAUGCCUCCGUUGAUGUAAGAAGGACUGUAAAUCUCAUCAUAGCUACCUACACAGUUUUACCCUCUUUUCAAGUUAGCGCCAUUCCACUUACUACAGCUGUCUUGUUGGCUACUGGAUUACUGAAAGAAGAAAACGGCAAAGCUAUUCCAGUGCAAUUAUUAAACGUAAAUUUAAUGAUGUCGUUUCUGUGUCUUUUUCAGUCGUUACGGCUGCCUGCUAAUUCCCCUUUUUGUACAAGCUAUUGGCUAUCAAAUUAAUCGACGCACUGCUACAGUUACCUUAAAUUAAAGCAAUCUUAGGUAAAGAUUGUUUUAAUUUAAGAUCACUGAUAAUACAAUAAGUUCUACAAUGUACAAGAUAUUUGCCCAAAAAGUUCAACACGAGAAUCUGAAUUGAGAUAACAACGGAACAUAGCAACCCACGCAACCAUUAUGAAAAAAUGAUUUUUUUUUUCUCUUUCUAUCCCUCCCUUCCCCCUCGACUCCUGCUCCUUGCGCUGGACUAGGAAACAGAUCUGAAAGGAAGGUUCGCACAGAAUAUUCCCAAAGAUGGUACAGCUACGAGUAGUCAUACCAAGAAAUCUCGAAUCUUAAAUUUGAACAAAAAAAAGUGUACCCGGACCGUUUUUCAUGUUUUAUUUCAGUGCUAUAUCAAAAAUGUUUUAAUACAAUGUUAUGAUAUUAUGUCUACGAAGCAACCAGAUGAUUAUUAUUACUUUAACAUAAUUAUUACUUCUCAAUGGUAUUUUUCUUUUUUUUUUUAUUAUUAUUAUUUUUUUUUUUAUCUUGGUCUCAUAGCGAGACAUGCAAGUUUGAAUACAUCAUAAUUUUGUUGCUGUGAGAGAACCCU